GUCAAAUCAAAAUUCGAUUCUGAAUGGCGUCGAUUUUCAGUGCCUUUUCAUGAUGGUAAAAUCAUUUCUUAUAUAGACUUUCGUUCUCUUGUUGAAGGCUUACAUUCGCUUCAUAAUAUACCUUUUACAUUGUGUUAUACAAGUUCAUCUGGAGAUUUGUUACCAAUCACAAAUGAUGAGAAUUUUCGCAAAUCCUUCGAAUCAGCACGACCAACUCUUCGUCUUUUAAUUCAGCGUAAGGGUGAGUCUUGGGAAGAAAAAUAUGGUUAUGGUACCGACACCAUUGAUCGUCGUCGAAAAGGCCUAUCAAUGAUUUUGCCUGUUGUUGUUAAACAUCCGAAAAGGAAUUAUAAUAUAUCGAAUCCUGAAGAUUUCCGGCAGGUUUCUGCCAUAAUUGACGUUGACAUAGUGCCAGAAGCACAUCGUCGUGUGAGGCUUUGCAAACAUGGAAGCGACCGGCCAUUAGGAUUUUAUAUAAGAGAUGGUACAUCAAUUCGAGUAACUCCUCAAGGUGUCGCCAAAGUCCAAGGAAUAUUUAUAAGUCGUUUAGUGGAAGGCGGAUUGGCGGAUUCAACUGGCUUAUUAGCAGUUAAUGAUGAAGUUCUCGAAGUUCAAGGAAAAACGUUGGACCAAGUAACAGAUAUGAUGGUGGCGAAUGCUCAGAACUUGAUUAUAACAGUUAAACCAGCUAAUCAACGCAAUACAUUACAACGUUUAUCAAAUUUACGUUCAUCAGAAUGGAGUGGAACAUCAGAUGACAUACCAACAAUUGGUGGUGACGAAAUUAUUGCACCUGUUGGCAAUGGUAUCAAGUUUGGUAAAAAUGAUGAAAUGAGUGGUGAUGAUACGGAUGAAGAUAUCGUUGUUGACUACUUGAAAGAGAAUAUGACUGGAAAUGCAGCAACUACGACAAAUUAUCAACCGAAAUAUCACAAAAACCGAUAA